UUGGACCAUGAAUCACCGAGUUCGGCAGCGUUUGCCGUCGAAUGGACGCGAUUAACGUGGUCUUUACUAGCCGUCAUCUCCAGGCUCAGCUCACGGUUUAUUGAUCCACGACAUGUCGAUCAAGAUGAACAACAACUUACCAAACGCCUCAACAUCAAACUAUUCGAUCUCAUCAACAAGGCACGACCCGUCCGACCGCCUCCAGGUAUGCUGGAAAACGACUUCCGAUGGGUGCAGUUUUAUAAUUUGCUGGUCCCCACGUUGACUACAUUACAUGAUCUGUACUCUCAACUCGAUCCACCAAUACAGUCUCUGGAUUCUGCAAUUGCCACGUUCACUGAGACC